CGGAAGGCAAAUAUUGGGGGGGGGGAAUAGCGCGGGAUUUGGCCAAAGUUCCGUUUGUUUCUUGAAUUUCCAACCACUUUGAUGCAGCCACGACAUUUGGACAAGUCAGACGAAUCAUCUAACUUGUCGGACGAUGAUUAUGUUCCUUAUAUACCAGUGAAGCAACGUAAACAACAGGAGCUUACUUCACUGCAGCGUGUAUUAGGUAAUCUUGCGUACACUGAAGUGCCUGAGGAGGAACUAGACCAGGGUAAUACAGCAGAACAAGUUGAAGAUGAUCCGGAGGGUAUGACAAAAAAGUCAUCUGAUGACAAACAUCAUGGACCUAAUGCCCAGGGUAGUUUAUUUGAUAGAAUGUGGGAAUUAAAGCGAAAAGCUGAAGGUAUACUCGUCUGGAGUUUUUUGUUGACAUAAUUUAGAAAGGAAGGAAACAGAACGGGAUAAAAAAUUAAAGGAAGAAGCUAAGAUUUUAGAAAGUGUUGCUGAAAAGACCGCUUUAAAAGGUGUUGCAGAACUAGCAAAAGGUAUCCAGUAUGAUAAACCAAUUCAAACCAGGUACAGUAGUAAAACAAUAAUAAUUUUUAUUUUAGCUGGGUACCACCUGUAUAUAUCCGGGAACAAAGUGAAGAGAAAUCUGCAGAAAUCCGCAAAAAGUUUCGAAUUUUAACUGAAGGUGAUGAUGUACCUGCUCCUAUUCGACAUUUUAGUGAAAUGUGUUUUCCAAAGGCUUUAAUUGAUUUACUAAAACUACGUGGAAUAACAAAACCUACACCGAUUCAAAUGCAAGGUUUACCAGCUGUAUUAAGUGGUCGAGAUAUGAUUGGAAUUGCAUUCACCGGCUCCGGAAAAACAAUGGUGUUCUCAAUACCAGUUAUAUUAUUUUCUAUGGAUCAAGAACAGAAAAUUCCAUUUAUUCAAAAUGAAGGACCUUAUGGUUUAGUUUUAGGUCCAUCUCGUGAAUUAGCUCGACAAACACAUGAAGUAAUCUGUAGCCUUAUUAAUGGUUUAGUCAAAGCUGGUUUCCCGUCUAUUCGUUGUUGCUUAUGUAUUGGUGGCAUGGCUGUUAAAGAACAAGCAGAUAUUGUUAAAAGAUCUGGUGUUCAUAUUUUGGUUGCUACACCAGGUCGUUUAAUAGAUUUACUUCAACGUAAAAUGAUUAAUUUGGAAGUAUGUCGUUAUCUUGUUUUGGAUGAAGCUGACAGAAUGAUUGAUAUGGGUUUUGAAGAAGAAGUCCGAACUAUAUUCUCCUAUUUUAAGGGACAACGUCAAACACUUUUGUUCUCUGCUACUAUGCCGAAAAAAAUACAAAAUUUCGCUAAAUCAGCCUUGGUGAAACCCGUCACUGUUAAUGUUGGUCGAGCUGGAGCAGCUAGUAUGAAUGUCACUCAGGAAGUAGAAUAUGUGAAACAUGAAGCGAAAAUUCCUCAUUUACUUGAUGCUUUACAAAAAACUCCACCUCCUGUUAUUAUAUUUGCUGAGCGUAAACAAGAUGUGGAUGCUAUACAUGAAUAUCUUCUUUUGAAAGGUGUUGAAGCAGUUAGUAUUCAUGGUGGAAAAGAUCAAGAUGAACGUGUAUCAGCUGUUACAGAGUUUAGAGCUCAUCAUCGUGAUGUCUUAGUUGCUACAGAUGUGGCUAGUAAAGGUUUGGAUUUUCCAGAAAUUAAUCACGUGAUCAACUAUGAUAUGCCUGAAGAUAUUGAAAAUUAUGUACAUCGCAUCGGUCGUACUGGUCGUGGUCAUCAACGUGGGUUAGCCACAACAUUUAUCAACAAAUCAGUGGAUGAAUCCACUUUAUUAGAUUUAAAGCAUUUACUCAUAGAGGCUAAUCAACCUGUGCCAGAAUUUCUUGUUGAAUUGGCAUCAGCUACUGAAGUUGAACUUGAAAUGGGUGGUGAAGUUGGCUGUGCAUAUUGUGGUGGUUUAGGUCAUCGUAUAACACAUUGUCCAAAAUUAGAAGCAAUGCAGAAUAAAGCUGCUAUUAAUCUGGGUCGUAAAGAUUUCUUGUCUUCUGCAGAUUAUUAACAAAUUAUCAUUAUUAUCAUUAUCAUCUGAUAAGCUGAAUACAGCCAAACAUUUGAUAGUUACUGUAAAUAAUUCAUAAAUUUAAUUUGUAAAUAAAAUCUUCAAUUGACGUUCAUGCUUUUUCUUUUUCCUUGUCUUGGUUCAAAAGCUUAAAUUUCAAGUUUGUUUUUCUUCAAAAUCAUGAAAGAAAUUGUCUCAAGUUUAAUAUACUGUUAUAUUACUGCAUAUACUAUAUUUAAUCAUAUCUAAAUACUGUGAUUCACGAAUGAAAGUUCAUUUUUGGUCUGUAAAUUGUCAGAAUAGUUUCUUUGUAAAUAUUUUCUCGGUUCACAUUUAGUUGUACUGUAUACACAUGUUUUUUACUACUUAGAAACCAAUAGUUCUAAAAUAAAUCGAAUGAACUUCGAUCUGAGAAGAUGGGAUUUACUGAUUUAGUCACCAUACUUUACUGAAUUCUUUACUUUCUC